ACCAAAACACGCACAUUGUGAGACAGCUGUUGCGUUGCGUCUUUAAGAAUUCAGAAGAUUGACAGUUUUAGCCAUUUUAAACAGCCAUAAUAACGCUUUUGACCCCAAAAUGGUCAAGCCAAGGAGCAAGGAGGAUCGAAAGAAGGCUAGGAAGGCGAAACAACACUGGCACAAGCGGGGAUUAGCCUCCACAAAGGCCUCAAAAAUCCUGCUACAGCUGGCGGCCGAGGAUCCCGAAAGAGACGCCGAUCCUGGCCCAUCGACCACGGUUGUAACACUAGAAACAGCGGUCUCCAGUUCAAGUUCCGAAAUGCCGAGAACAGUGGGGCAGAAUGGCUUCAGGAAGGUAAAAGACCCCAAGCCCAAGAUCUCGGCCAAAAAACUAAAACGUAAGGCAAUGCAAAAGAAGAAAUUUGAUCGCGAAAUGUUAUCAAAGAUACUGGGCUCCAUAAAAAAGAAGUACAAUGUCCAGAAAAAUCCUCAAAUUAGGCGCAGAUUGGACUUUCGCAGUAAAGAAUCUCCCACAAAAAACCGUGUCCUACCCAAACCAAAAUUCUACAGACCGCAGAAGGCAACUGCAAUUUCUACCGAAAAUCUGAAUGACACCAUUGAGGACGGGGAAGUCGUAGAAGAUUUGGUGAGCAGCGACGACGACGACUGCGUGUUGCUGGAGACCCCGAACGUCUCCAUAAACAUAGAGGAUGAUGAUGAGCCCUGCACAAGUGAUAAGCUCUUAAAGGAUGUAGUUAAGGAUUGCAAUGGCGAGGCGGCUUUGCGAAUAAAACCAAAGACGGAAAAUCCAGUGUUGUACUCCACAGUCUUGAAGACCGAUUUAUCUGAGUCCAUCAUUAACUUGGAUGAAGUCUCCGAAGAAGUGGCAAGCUCAGUUGUGGACAACAACGAUUCAGUAAUAUUUAUUGAGGACACUAUUGGGACAGAAGACUUCAUCCCAAUACCAUCAUAUUCGCCGCCGCUGCGGAAUGGUAAGAAGAAAAGGAGGAGUGCCAGAUUGGCGGAAUCACCCAAAAGGAAGACGGCACGGAUGAGUGACAGCCUUUUCACCACUGCCGAAAAGAAGAAGCUUGGCGACUAUAAUAGGAACACAUUUAAUCCCUCGGAGGAGGCAGGAGAGGUGUCUGAUAAGCCAAAAACGAAUAAGAGGUCUAUUAUCAUCGAUGGCAGCAAUGUGGCCUUUGCCCAUGGAAACUCGAACGUCUUCUCAUCUGAGGGAAUAAAGUUUUGCUUGCAGUACUUUGAGAAAAUAGGGCACGACGUCAAGGCUGUGAUUCCAAUGUUCAGGAGAAACAUCUACAAGUCGUCGAACCCCGAGCUUCUCGACAAGCUGCACAAGGAGGGCAAGAUAGUGUUUACGCCGUGCAAAAACCUUCACGGCCAAAUGUCGUCCUGCUACGAUGAUCGCUUCAUUUUGCAGCUGGCAUACGAAAAGAAUGCUGCCGUCGUUUCCAACGACAACUACAGAGACCUCAUUGACGAAAAUCCUGCCUUCAAAAAGAUCGUGGAGAAUCGCGUCCUUGGCUAUUCGUGGUGCGACGAUAUAUUCAUUCUACCCAAAGAUCCUUACGGCCGCUGGGGACCCACACUCGAUGAAAUUUUAAGAUGCUAGUGCAUUUAAUUACUUCGUUAGAAAUCCUUUUCUUAUUUGUGUGAAAAUUAGUUUAGUUGUGUGUUCAGUUACUAGCCAUACUUGCGGUUAAUUUAACUUUCUCUUUCUGAUAUUAUCUUAAAAAUAGAGUUUAGUUUUUGAAAACUCACAAAUUAUUAAGAGUCAUUGAGUCGAUUUCAUGUACGCCUUAUUGCGGUCCAUCCAACUCUUUUUGCCUGACAUUAUUCUUCAAGUAGUUUUUAGUUGGUCUGAACUCAAAAAUUAUUAUGCGGCGCUUACUCAGUUUGCAUUGAAUAGUUUUCAAUCGUAAAACUUAAUUUUUUAUGCCAAACUGUAAAUAUAUGGCGAAUUAUUUUCAAAAAA